UACGCCCUCCGCUAUCCCAGCAUGCACCGCGAGGUCUGCAGUAUAUUAAUGACAAAGAAAAAAAGGCUGGAGAGCAACAACAACAGGGUGGGAUCAGAAGCACAAACCCUGGUGAUAGCACGAACAUUUCACGAACCCUUGUGCUGUCAACAAGUACCGCGUCAUGUCCCUGAGGUGAUGAGAGCAAGAAGUGCCAUUAACCACCUUAAGGGAGUUUACACAGCUUGAUAGUUUGUGGAGAGAGGGGUGGGGGGGCCCAGGCAAACCGUGGACGGGGAAGGGGAAGAGCUCAGCUGGAGCCAAUGCAGCAGCAGCAUCGACAGCCUGAGCUGGUGGAAGGAAGCCUUCCCGUGUUCGUGUUCCCCACUGAGCUCAUCUUCUAUGCAGAUGAUCAGACGUCGCACAAGCAGGUGCUCACCCUCUACAACCCUUAUGAGUUCGCUCUCAAGUUUAAAGUGCUGUGCACAGCGCCAAACAAGUACACUGUGGUGGAUUCCACCGGAGCUGUCAAGCCACAAUGUUGUGUGGACAUAGUAAUCCGACACAGAGAUGUGCGUGCAUGCCAUUAUGGCGUGUAUGACAAGUUCCGACUGCAGGUGUCGGAGCAGAGUCAACGGAAAGCUCUGGGUCACAAAGAGGUGACUGCCACGCUCCGUCCCUCGGCCUCACAGGAGCCGCCCAGCACCAGGCCCCAAGAUGAGGAACGCAGAAUCAAAGAGCAGUUUGCAGACAGCGAAUUUUUUGAACAGACUGCUAUACAGACAGAGAGCCGUCCUGUUGCUGGAGGCCCCAGUCUGCUGACUGUGCUACUCGGGCUGGUGUGUAUGGCCGCCCUCAUGCUGCCGACCCUGGGGGAGCAAGAAUCUACUGUGCCUCUCUACCUCCACUUAAGUGUUAACAAGAAACUUGUAGCUGCUUAUGUUCUUGGGCUUCUUACGAUGGUCAUCCUACGCACAUGAAGCGCUUUGAGGGGACAUGAUCUAAAGACGAAGAGAGCGUCCUCAGAGGCCCUGCUACGCUUCAAUGGGUACAGCUGACAGCAGGGGGACGUGGUACUUAUUCAGUUCACCCUGUCCCCUGAAAAAUACAUUUUUAGCAUACUUGUUUCUAAAUCCACAUAUUUGUGUUAAUACAUAAACUGACAACACACCGAUCUGCGGAGUCCUCCAGUGUGUUGGUCAAAGGAGUCCCUAAGCAGGGCCUGUGAAGAAACAUGAGGCCAUUCAAAUUGUUGUUUGACAUCAUAUUCCUUGUGUCUAUUUCUAUCGCCAUUAUGUAACAGAAUAUGGUUAACUUGAGUGUGACGGAAUCUACAUGCAAACAUUAUACAUGUAAAUAAAGACAUUAAAAUGUU